CUCUCAACACCACUAAUAAUUCCCACCACUUGUAACAAUAAUACUAAUAAUCUUUUCCACCUAGCCGCCGCCGGCGGAGCCGCCGUUUUCUCAGCCUAUUUCUAGAAGUAAACGAAGAUGGAGCAAAAGAUGAGAAUGGAGAUAGACCAAAUGCCUCCACGUGGAGCUCACCAUAGGCGAGCCCAUUCCGACACAACUUUCCGUUUCGACGAUCUUCUCCUCUUCGACCCGUCGGACCUCGAUCUUUCAUGCCUUGACCUUCCCGAUUCCUCCCCCAGUCCCGCUCUUCCACCUGUCGCACCUGUGGCCGCUGAAUCCUCUGACGGCUCCUCAUCCAACUGCCUUCCAUUCCCCACCCAAAAUAACCCUAGGCAAAUCUCUUCCCACCGCCGUAGCCUUUCCGUUGACUCUGAUUUCUUCGACGGGCUCGGGUUGUCUGGUCCCACGAUUUCCGGAGGUGCCAGGGGUGAGAUAUUUGACGGGAAAAGAGAUGUGGGAGAGAAGAGGGUUCACCACAGGCAUAGUAACUCGAUGGACGGUUCGAGUACAACAUCGUUUGACGUUGAGUCAUUCAUGGCCGUUGAUGGUGUUAAGAAAGCUAUGGCUCCUGAUAGACUCGCUGAGCUUGCCCUUAUCGAUCCCCAAAGAGCUAAAAGGAUUCUGGCAAACAGGCAAUCGGCUGCGCGUUCAAAGGAGAGGAAGAUUAGAUACACGAGUGAACUGGAAAAGAAGGUCCAGACUCUUCAGACAGAAGCUUCCAAUCUCUCCGCACAGGUCACAAUGUUACAGAGAGAUACUACUGGGUUGACUAAUGAGAAUAAGGAAUUGAAACUACGACUACAGGCUCUGGAGCAACAAACGCAUCUUAGAGAUGCUUUGCAUGAAAAUUUGAGGGAAGAAGUGCAACGGCUUAGGAUACAAGCUGGCCAAGUGUCCACGAUGAAUGGAAAUCCUUUCAAUAGAGGAGUGCCUCCUCAGUUUUUACCCCAUCAACCUGCUCCACAUCCCUUCGGUGUCCUGCAGAGACCGCCGCAACAACAACAGCCGAAACUUUGAACGGACAGCCUCAACCUCGCUUUACCGAUUUUAACCAAAGGCCAUAGUUUCAUGUUGGAAAUAAAUGCUCUGGAAGCACAAGAAAAUUCAUUCAACGUAAGCAUAUUGUAGAUAGAUUACAGGGUGAAGUUGUGAAGGAGUCUUGCUGGGAUCAGUCCCUUCGUAUCUGUUUCACAUAUGGCUUUAUCACCAUUACAGUAGAGAAAUGAACCGAGAUGUGUUGUUUA